UUUCUUAAGGCCUUGCACGUCACUACAUUCUUUUUCCAUUCGCCAUGACCUCCGACGUCGCUGUCGUCGCAUGAGUUUCCGAGGCCAGAAUUUUCACUUACUGACAAUUUCUUCCAAUUCUAGCUAAUUCGCGCUUCCCCAUUCUCUUCUUAUCGCAGAACUCGUCUUCGCCCUCGCUUGUGAUCACCUGCGAUCACCUGCGUUGCUCUGCGUCGUGUCAUGUUAGUCCACGUCCUCUCUCCGUUAUCACCAAGGUCGCCGGAUUUUGGAUUCGAUCCUGAUCGCCGUUGCUGAUGACGGAAUGAUGAGGUGACAAUAGAUCUGCCAUGCGGAACAGGUUGGUCGGCUUUAUAUUCGCCUCGCUAUUAGUAUGGGGCGUCAUUACAUAUUUUCUCUUCCUGGAUCGACCAAUCGGCAAAGAAAAUGAAGAGAUUAAACUGUCGAAUCAGAUUAACAAGCUGGAGGAAGAUGUCAAACAGCAGAUCGCAAUUAAUAAGGAAUUACUGUGGAAUAUCCGAAGGAGCAGGGAGCACAGAAAACAAGUUGAGGAACUACGUGCCCUACCCCCAGUUGAAAAUAAUGUCGCGCUGCCAGAGAGCACAAGUAACGAGAUUAAGGAGCUUGAAAACACGAAGAAAAAUCAAGGGGAGGAAUCGCAGAAGAAAGUUGAAGACGUAGAAGCACCUAAGGAAGACCUUCAAGCGCUUUCGAAGAUUGAAAAACAGGUUGUCAGUGAGGUAUACAAACCAACGGCAAAGAAGACAUUGGACAAUGGUGCACCAGUGAUCGCAGUUCUUGUCUUUUCUUGUAACCGAAUCACCGUCCAGAGAUGCCUUGAUCAGUUGAUCAAGUUGAGACCCAGUCCGGAGCAGUUUCCUAUCAUCGUUAGCCAGGACUGUGAACACGAGCAGACUGCAGAAGUUAUCCACAGUUAUGGUGAUGAAAUUAUACACAUACGACAACCUGAUCAAUCCGAUAUUGAAGUCCCUCCAAGAGAAAAAAAAUUCAAAGGCUACUUCAAGAUAGCUCGACAUUACGGAUGGGCUUUGAAUGAAGUGUUUCUAGAGUUUGGAUAUAACACUGCGAUAGUAGUCGAAGAUGAUUUGGAUGUGGCUCCAGAUUUCUUCGAAUAUUUUCUGGGAACCUAUUCUUUGUUAGUAUCCGAUCCUUCCCUUUGGUGCGUGUCUGCAUGGAAUGACAAUGGAAAGUUGGGCCUCGUUGACGAUCAUGCACCGCAUCUUCUUUAUCGUACCGAUUUCUUCCCUGGUCUGGGCUGGAUGCUUACUCGAGACCUUUGGCUGGAACUUGCACCCAAAUGGCCCAAAUCAUAUUGGGACGAUUGGAUCAGACAGCCAGAUCAACGUAAGAAUAGAGCCUGCAUAAGGCCAGAACUAUCUAGGACGAGAACUUUCGGGAAAAUCGGUGUUAGCAAUGGACUGUUCUACGAAAAGCAUCUGAAGUUUAUCAAGUUAAACGAGCAAUUUGUGCCUUUCACAAAGAUGAAUUUAACGUAUUUGUUAAAAGAUUAUUAUGACAUAGCCUUCGUUCACGAAGUCUAUCAAUCGAAGGUGGUCAGUUACUCCGAGUUAAAGAGUGGAAACAUCAUUACGGCUGGUCCGGUCAGGAUACCAUACUAUACUCGUCAGGCUUAUAAGAACACUGCGAAGAUGUUGGGUCUCAUGGACGACUUCAGGAGUGGCGUACCAAGAACUGGUUACAGAGGCGUUGUAACGUUUUUCUACAACGGUCGCAGAGUGCACCUGGCACCAAGUGCAAACUGGAAUGGCUACGACAUCACCUGGAGCUAACACAUAAUUCGUCGUUACAACAGAGAUUUAUAACUUUCAAACUCUCAAACCGUUGCAGUACUGAGCCGUGAACCUCGUUGAUGGAUUCCAAAAGACUGGCUGACCGAGGAAGUGGGCAAAGUCUGCCGAUGUACUUCUGAAGUUUCUUUGACCGAAGCCCAAAAAUGUGAGAAACCUGGAAGGUGUCAAAGACUUUCCUUCGUCGUUCACGAGCAGAGUGCCUGGACUAUCCUGAACCAAUGUUCCCCUGUAAAUAAUCUACCACUUACUGUAUAAGUCUGAUCUAAAGAGAUAACGAGGAAACGAUGCUCUUCCUAGAAGAGGACUAUUAUGACGAUGCAUCCAUGCGUCGGUGCUCGGGAUUCUCCGUUAUACAAUGUUUCAUAUAUUUUUAUUACAUUGUAUUAGGCGUUGUCCGAAAUUUUUAUUCCAUUUCGUAGUAACCGGAUGUCGGAAAAUUCUUUGCACAGUGUACAGACAACGUCUAAUAUUGGGAGGACGAUUUAACAUCAUUCGAUCGAAUGACUUGUUCGUCGAUCGUGGCAUUAAAGUAUGUUCGAAUUUAUACAUCUUUCAACGCCGUUAACGAAGAAGUAAUUCGAUACCGUGAUGUUAGGUGAACAGCCUCCGUUAGCAUUAUCAUUGUACCGAGUCAUGCAUAAUGGAACCUCCCGAUCGCCGACGAUUAGACAAUUUAUCUAGCGCAGAAUUACUUUCGAGUUCUGAUCAGUGGUACAAAAUGUGCAUUUUCAAUUGUCCACACAUUGCCCGCUUAUAAGUGCGCUCAGUUUGUAGGAUAAGUAUACAUUCGUUUUAUAAGUCGCAAGGCAAUGUGUUCAUCGAUGAUGCAUUCGCUGUCUUUGGGACAUUUUAUUUUUCUUAUCGAAAAAUAGGCUUGACGUUCGCGCUAAGUUUACGAUAUACUCUUAAAACGAGAAGACUUUUAGUCCCAGUGCGUCAGAGAUUAAGGAGAUUCCGUUUUGUAUAAGUCUUGCCGUAAUUGUUGCAAUUUCAGUCCUAGGGAACUACGAUGUCUGAAAAAUAAGAAUGUCGAGAGGUGUCCACGUUACGUUCAGGGAAUGUUAUGGAGAAAGCUAAAGGAAAGACCGUGAUAUGUGGACCACUAAAUCCUCGUUACAUUAUAGAAAUGUAUUAAUGUUGGUCCAGGCGUUGUUUCCCCCGGGUGCACCCGGGGGAAACAACGUCCACCUCUCUCAGGUAGUGCAAUAAUUGCAUCCUCGGGGCACUCUGGCAUCACUCAUCGAUUACUCUAAGAGCAUAAUGGAAUAAUGUUAUUCGGGGCUUGCGAUCUGCAAGUGACAAUUUUUUUAGAGCGCCCUAGUCGAAGAGUACUCGAUGUACCUCUAAAGAUGCUUUUCUCGUAGAUCCUUUCUACCUCUACAGUUGCAUUUAUACUUUUUCUUGUAUUUUCUUGGAUUAAUCUACAAGAGUGUGAUUAAGGCGAUGCGAAAGUGGCGUCAAGGAAGUUUUGUUUGUGAAACUUCUCCGAACUGGGUGUACCGAAUCGUUUCAAACUUUGCAACGUGAAUGUGAAGGCCUUAAGGAAGGUCCUGACA